AUGCGAUCAGAAAUUGGGAAAAUUUCUCUGGACAGCGUUUUUAAAGAACGUGAGGCACUCAAUCUUCAAAUUGUCCAAGCUCUCGGGAAAGCAGCGGAACCAUGGGGUAUUGAAUGCUUGCGAUACGAGAUCCGUGAUAUUCAACUACCGCAGAAAAUCAAAGAGGCGAUGCAAAUGCAGGUUGAGGCCGAUCGGAGAAAACGAGCAGCGAUCCUCGAGUCUGAGGGUCAGCGGGAGUCUGCCAUCAAUCGGGCGGAGGGGCUGAAGCGGAGCCAAGUGCUUGCAUCCGAAGGCGAGAGAACUGAGAUCACAAAUAAGGCUACCGGUGAAGCGGAAGCCAUCCGCCGUCUUGCCGAAUCCCGCGCUGAAGCUGUUCGCUUAAUUGCAGCCGCCAUUGAAUCUAACGUAAGCCUGUUUACUGCUGCCGGUUGUUAG